UUACUGUCGGCCUCCUGGAGGGGGACACGAACCGGGCGGCGCCGGCUGUUGGAUCUUUGUUCUGAUGAAUGUAUUCCUCUCAGUGGACCGCGGCCAUUUACAAUCUCAUCUCAGAAGCAGUGAUCCGGUUUCUCCUUUUGCUUCGUUUGUGACAUUUUCAUAAAGUUUUAGAAGAGACGGCAGCGAAGACUCCCAGGUUCUUUUCGGAAUCACGGAUGGAGAUCAGACGGUCAUUUUUUAUUUUUAUUUUUUUCAUUUUAACAUUUUAGUUUUCUUGUGACGAUUAUGACGUAGAGCAGAGGAACUGUCGGAAAAACAAACAAACUGAUGUGGCUAAACACUGCAGAAGAACGCUUUGAGUGGAUUAGACUAAUAUAGACAUGAGGUUUAAAUAGUGUAUUAAAUUAAGUUUUAUUUUUCUGUAUAGAUUCAUUUGAAUUAUUGUAGAUGAUUCUUUAUCCUCGUAGCAAGAAGACUAUUCCUAAAAGUGUUAAAAAAGAGGCACUUUUUAAUGAUUUUUAACAGUAACGGUUGUUUUCUCUCUGAGAAAAUUCUUCUAUUAACCUGAGUUAUGGAUUAUACUUUGGUCCGGUUGUUUCAGAAAAUCAAAUAUGGUUUAAAGUGAAUUACAGAGAUUGUACAUACGCAUAAGUAAAGAGUUUUCUUUUUUAUUUAUUUGGGUUUAUUUUGUCCUCCCACCCUGGUCAACACUGCCUCUUGAAGCAGAGCAGUCUUUGGGAACCCCGAUGUUCUGGUACGACGCAGACGUGGGGGAGUCCGUGGGAGGGUUGUAAACGGGGUGUGCUGUGUAUACAGUGUACAGAUUAUGGCUUGCUUUCUCUGCCUUUAGCGUAGAACACAAAAAAAGUUAUAAAAAAAAUCUCUACACAGCCAUACGGUAACUCAAAACGUAUAAAAAUUGUGCUUUCUUCGUCGUCUGGAGUGAAAAAUGCUUCAUACAAGCUGCUAGGUGCAAACUGUUCUGGUGUGAUGUAAACAAGCAAUAAUUACUUGAGAAUUUCUGUUUUUUCUUUUUGCUAUUUUUUGUACAGUUUCCUGAAUUUGAAAAAAAGAGGACAUUUGAUUUUGCGCUGCGAUUGGAUGCAGUAUUAAACACGUCUAGAAUCCACAGACGCGGCGUUGGAUGGUGCAGCUGAGACCUGGAGAGGGAGGUCGCUUAUUUCCUCCCUCUCCACUUCCUCCAGCCUCUCUUCUAUUGCAGAGGUCAGAGUUCACCGGGCCUACUCUGACACACUCUUAGCCAUAUUUUAUGACCUCAGGCACUUUGUUUAACGCUAAAGUGUUCGGUAAUGACGCGCCGCUGUCGUGGCGGUGCGGGUCAUCCUCGCUAACCUCACAAAAAAAGAGAAAAAAAACUUUUAUAGUAGCUAUUUUAACCAGGAGAAGCCAAAUAAUCCUCAUGUUUCAAUUGGAUUUUCUGAAUUCUGUUUCCUCCAUGCUGAAUAAUCUCACUUUCACGAUCAGAUCCACAUUUUUACACAAAAACAAGGCAGGAAACUUCUGAUGAUGUCACUUAGCAGGAAGGAGAAUCUGAAUGUAUCGUCAUUUCAAGGCCUAAAGGAUGCGAUUAGUGUUAUUUUCCUUCCAUCCUGGCGAUUUGCACGAUCGUCUCUGCAUCUCUCCACUCGUUGCUGUUUGUUGUUUUUAUUUUUGGCGGGGGGGCUUCGGCGACGCUGUAGCAGGUCUGUUUCAGGACAAAGAAAAGGCUGCGCGAGCUCUCCCGCUACCUUUACAGGAGAUCGUAUAUUUUUGAUUGUAAAACAAUCCACCUGUGCAGGAAAAGGAAAAGAAACAAAGCCUUUUGAGCCAUUUUAAAGGAUUCACAGCCCUGUUUUUGUUGCAAAUUUCCAAAGAAAGAUUUUAAAAAGACUUUAAAGCCAUGUAGCAGUGAGUUUUCUUUCUUUUUAGCAUUUAUAAUGAGGACCCCUUACAGAUAUUCAGGCUUUGGACCCACUUAACAAAACUCUAUUUUCCCUGUUUAUCGUAAAAGCCCUUUUGUAUCGCCUGCUGGUUUCUUAGAGCUAAGAUGCAACCUUGAAAUGCUAACGACCCUAGCAUAAUGCCUUAGAUUUUGUCCGUUCCUUGUACUUGUAAAUGAAUUCCACUGCUGUCUGUAUAAAUGUGUAUAAUGACUGUGUACAGUAUUGAAUGGGUGCAUCGUUAUUGUUCAACUCUUCUCAGCUGCUGACGACUCGCCCACCCCACCCCUCCCUGUUCUGUGGUUAUUUUGAUGGAAAAGAGGACAAACACUGAGAUACCGAAGCAAUAUGUACAAUACUACGGCCUUCUCAGAAGAAAGCUCACCGUUGUGAUCCCCGCCCUCCUCAGAUGUUAUUCGGCGUUGUUCACACAGGAGUUGCACUGUAUACAUGCAUCGAUCUGAUCUUUGUGCCCCAAGUGUGUGUGAAUGAGUGUGAGCGUUUUAUGCAAAGUUCGAUAUUCAAGAGAAGUUAAAACCACAUUUAUGCAAGUUGUGAACUAAUAUGGCUUCGCUGAUGCUAUUUGCCUUGUAAAUAAAGAAUUCUGUUAUUGCAAUAUUUAAACGCGUGACUCUUCUUUCUCAUCCACAGAAAAGUUCUGAACUUUUUGAUGUUUUUUUUGUUUGUUUUUUGCGUUGAACUGCCCUAAAGCUGUUUAAGUGCUUGAAAUGAGCGUAAAUGGUUAUAAAAAGAUAACUUUAUGGGUUUUAUGAGACAAAUAUGAUAUAGAAGAUGUAUGGGGCUCCAAAUCUGAAAGCAACACUUGUUUUAUACCAGUAAAGAGCUACAUUUGCAUUUGUCUUCGACAUUAAAGAGCAAGUCACCCCCAAAUAAACUUUUUUUUGCUGAUAAACUAAAUAAACGAGUGUCUAAUCGUGCUACAGACACGUGUCGUCAAUAAUUUGGCACUUCAGCGCAUCUUAGUUCAAAUUUACAUAUUCUGCCUGAAACUGGCAGUGUUGUGCCGUUGUCAGGUAAAAGCUCUGCACUGUAUUCUAAUUUAAAUCUGCCACCGCUAUUGGCUAAGCGGUAUGCUAUGAUGUAAAAUGGUGCAUUAUGAUGUCACAAUGCUGUCGUGAGCCUGUGUGUGUGUGUGUGUGUGUGUGUUUGUUAGCAGCUCCGCCCUCUCGGUCUGCCAGGCAACAGUAUUUGUUGCAUUUUUCAAACAUGAAGUGGGAGUGGAGUUAGAAUCUGGUAGGGGAAGACUUGCUCUUUAAGUAUUUAAUCUGAUGUAAUAAUAUUGUAAUAUGAUAGAAAUGUAUUCAAACAUUCCUAGAUUUUAGUUGUUUUUAUUUGAUGUUUUUAUUUUCAUGUCAUUCAGUUUAUGCUUCAGUAAAGACCAAAAUGUGCUGCUUUGACCAGUACUCUAAAGGGUUAAUCACUUCAGAACUCCUGUUAAACAUUAAUGUUACAUUAUUCCACAAAACAUGUUGCAAAUAUUUUGUUUAGAAGUUUUCAGAACUUCUUGAAGUUCUGGACUGUUUGAAUCUGCAUAAGUAAUUCUAAUUUGAUUUAAAAAAUUUACAUAACUUAUUUAAUUUUGGCUUUUAAAAAAUAAGUAAAAAUGUAUUUGUUUUUCCACUUUUGUACAACUUUGUUUAAGCCGGUAUGACCUUAAAGGAACUGUUUAUAAGAAUUCCCAAAAGAUUGAUGCUUUUUAUAAUCUCAUAAUUUUCUUAUUUAUUUUAUGUGGGAAAAAAUUCCUCUCUGAACCUGCAAAAAAGGGCAUCCAGACUUCAAAAAGAUGCAAAAAUUACUCUGAUCAUUUAUUUUAUUUGUUCUAUUCAAAAUAAAUUCAAAAAUAAGCAUAUUAGAAAAACUCAGAAUGCACAAAUGAGUUUCGAUUCACAUCAACAGCCUACUGAAGAAAAAUUCAUCAAGAGAUGCAAGUAGGGGGACCGCAGAAAAUCACUCUUGAGAGCCGCAAAUGGCCCCUGAGCCACAGUGUGGAAGUGUCUGCUGUUGUUCUCAGACAAGUGUCAUGUUUUAGAUUAUAAGAGGUAAAAAAUUAAGACGCAUUUAUUGUUCCAAUUAAUCCACCAGGCACGUGGUAUUUGUUUUGGGGUUUUGUCUCCAUGUUUAAUUCCAGCUCUUCCUGUUUUUCUGAAGAACCCUUUCAGCAGGCCACAGUGGAGAGGGUGGGCUGUUCCUGGACAUCCAUUGAGAUGCAUGAGGUUAGCCCCGGCCAAUGGGAGAGAGGAGAGGAAUCCGAGAAGCAUCUUCAUCAGACUUGCUCAUGUGAACCCGUUAUGCCCUCAGAUGACCACACAGACCAACACAGACAGGACGAUCGAGACUUCAGAUCUACAGACACUAGAUUUCAUUUAUUUUAGUUGGUAACUUUUUUUUUUACAUGAUGGAGGAAGCUUCCCCCUGAACAGGUUUGGAUUUCUUUCAAGAGGUAAGAAAAUGUAAAUUUUUAUGUCUAAUGCAUAAAAAAGUGCAUUUAGGCACGGAGCAGGACGCGUUGCGUCUUUAUCUCCUCCCUCUUCUCUCCUUUCCUAAAUUAUUGUUGUAAAAGUCCAUAAAAUGCUCCAUUAAUGCUGACCUCUGCUCUGGCCUGGCUGUUCUCUGAUUGGUGUCAUGACCCUGGUUUGUCUCUCUAUUUACUGGCUGAUUGGGAAGCAGUUCCCUUAAAACACACACCAUGCUUGAGCCGGGUGAUGUGUGUGUGAUCUCUCGGCUGGAAAUAUUGCAAAAUUGGCCUUUCUUUUACCCCCCCAGCAGCUGUUCGCUCAUAAGUGUGUGGAUGUUUCCUGUGACACCCUGCUUCUGUUUUUCUCUCCCUCUAAAGAAAACCUUUCCUGGCUCUGAGCGGUCAUGUCUCUCUCCAGCUUCCACCAAGCCGAGCUGCUGAAGGACAGUUCCUCCCGGGGCUUCCUCCCCGGACCCCAUCCCUACAUCUUCCCCCGGACGCACAGCCUCCUCCCUCACCCGCUCAAGUGUCUGGGCCGGCUGGUGUCGGACACCGCCCUGCCUCUCGGCCUCCACGGCGGUUCUCCUCCGUUCCUGAACCACGCGGUUCUCCCCGAGCACAUGCUGUUCCCGUACCACCCGAGCCAGAUGUUGCCCGGACACCCGCUGUGCUCCAAGCCGGAGGAGCUGGCCGCCGUGGUGACGGAACACGCAGCCGGUCCGCUGUCCUCGGACUUCAACAGCCCGGCCAGCGACAGGUCCUCCUCCGGAUGCUCCUCGGCCAACACCCCGCUCAAGGAGCACCUGUUUCGGACACACGGAGUCCAUCUGUCUCCGGAGAAAAAGAGGACAGUUUUUCAUUUCAGCGAGGAUGACUUGUUUUUGGUGCUUUACGGGUACUCCGGCGGCCAGGAGCGCACUGGUCACGCAAUUUCAGGGGUCACCCUUCCGGAAAACUCAACUUCCGAUCCCCACAUUCCACCGCUAGACAAAGAAUCUCUUGAACUUCCAGAAGGAUUAAUCAUCAUCCAGGCCGCUUGGGGAAACGCCCCCCACUGUGGAGUGUUCACGGACAAAAGCAGCAUUCCCAAAGGCGCGCGUUUCGGACCUUUCCAAGGAAAAGUGGUGAACACCAGCGAGAUCAAAACCUAUGACGACAACACUUUAAUGUGGGAGGUGUUUGAGAACGGUCGGCUGAGUCACUUUGUGGACGGCAGAGGCGCACCGGGAAACUGGAUGUCUUUGGUGAAGUGCGCGCGCUUUCCUGAGGAGCAGAACCUGAUCGCGGUGCAGAUCCAGGGUCAGAUUUUCUACGAGGCCUGCAAAGAGAUAAUUCCAGGCCAGGAGCUGCUGGUGUGGUACGGAGACUGCUACACACAAUUCCUGGGAAUCCCGCUCACCCUGAAAGAUCCCAACGAGGAAAACAGCGCUGCUCCCUCAGCAGAAGAUACUGGAGAGGGCUUCAAGUGUGACAGGUGUGGGAAGGUGUUUGCCUACAAGUACUACAGGGACAAACAUCUGAAGUACACACGCUGCGUGGACCAAGGGGACCGGAAGUUCCCCUGUCACCUGUGCAACAGAUCGUUCGAGAAGCGGGACAGGCUGCGCAUCCACGUUCUCCACGUGCACGAAAAACACAGACCGCACAAGUGUUCGGUGUGUGGAAAGAGCUUCUCUCAGUCUUCCAGCCUGAACAAACACAUGCGAGUGCACUCCGGAGAGCGUCCUUACAAGUGUGUCUACUGCAACAAGGCCUUCACAGCCUCCAGCAUUCUGCGGACACACAUCCGCCAGCACUCCGGCGAGAGGCCCUUCAAGUGCAAACACUGCGGGAAGGCCUUCGCCUCUCACGCCGCCCACGACAGCCACGUCCGCCGGACCCACGCCCGGGACAAGCCGUACCCCUGCGAGCUUUGUGGGGCGUCUUUUCAAGAGGAGCAGGAGCUGAAGUACCAUGAGAAAAUCCACAAGAAGAGACAAGUAGAAACCAUCCCCAUCCAACCUCCUCCAGACACCAGGAUCCAAAAAUCAGAGAACUGCGGACCAAGCUUCUCUUAUCCUGGGUUAACAGUUAUAACCUCUGAGUAUCGUCCCUGGAACUAGACUUCAGGGGGAAACAGUCAUUUUGAAUGUUUUUAGACACAAAAAAGAUCAAACAAUGCUCAUGGGAUUAAAAGUGGCAUUUUGGUGUAUAAAUCUAUUUAAAAGGGGAUUUAAUAAUUUAAGAUGUUAUGUAAAUGUGUUUUGGUGUGUGUUAAUUCUGUGGCUUAAAGCUAAAAAACAUUAUUAUUGUUAUUAAUAUUAUUAUUGCAGCUUUAAAAAAGCAAACAUUUCCGGUUUGUGCCCGAUUGUCUACAUGGGAUUUUCUUUAUUUAUAAUGUACAUCAUUUGUUAUGAAUGUAUGGCAAGCCAAAGUGUCAUUUAUUCACCGUUUUUCAAUAACAAGUAAAAGUAAUAAAACAAGAGCAUGAAAGAAGCAUGUAGUAUAGUUUUUCUGUUAACAUAUUUAUUUAUUAACCCAGUUAUUCUCACUAGAAAGAGUUUCAAGAGGAAAUGUUUGAUUAAAAAGCAGAAUUUAAUUAGGUAAAUAAUUUAGAAAAUGCACCAAAUCCCUCUAUCUUUGGGCACGAGUCCAAACUGAACGUCCGCUGUAAAAGUGAACCAAACCCUGCAGGACUUAAUGAAUGACAAUAGGCUGAAGCUGUAAAGAUUCCUUUUGCUUCGCACAAAGGAGCUCGCGUUGACUGACAUCUGCCCUCACACUGUCUCCAAGUGUCCCACAUGUGUUCAGAUCCCAUAGAUAGGUGAAAUCCUCACAUGACUGGACUACAGCUCAGGGGUCAGCACCUCGCUGAAGGUUUUACAGCCCCUUUUUCCUUCAAAUAGCCAAAAUAUGAACGCUUGAACAAGUGAAGAUCAACCUACAUUUGGCCAUCUCCUCCCAUGUUUACGGCCCCCAUAGCCACCAUGAAGGGACUCAAAACAAAAACAGGUUACUCCCCUUUGAGGUCUUCCAGGAGGACAAAAUAAAGGCAGAAGGAGAAUGAGCUGCCAGAUCUGAAAUACUGAGAUAGUUAGCGUGCUGUGCUAAAAGACUGGUUUUACUAGCGCCUCCUCUGAUUGGCUGAUUUAGGACUCGGCCUUCCAGGAGUGGGAGAAUUUUUAUUUGGGUCGUUUAUACGGAUUGAUUUCACACUUAACCUCUUGGCAAGUUAACAGGGCCUCUGCGGAGCGAUCCGGCUGAUCCACUUCUAUAUUAAUGUGAUAUUAAUAAUGGCUGAGCUCAGGAGUUCUUCCCCGAUGAGAAUAAAAACAAGCAAACGGCUGUUGUACUUUGGCACUUUACACCUCUCCACAAAAGUGGUCACAACUAAAUGCACAGUUGUGAUUAAUUAAUAAUGGUUGAUAUUAAGAGCAGAGAGCUGCUGCUGAAAUAUUCUUACAGUUGAUGUCCUCUUCCUCGCUGCCUGAGCUGAGUAGUCAACAGCUCUGGAUGGAUUAGUGUCUAUUGAUUGUCUAAUAGCUGUCAGUGUGUGUGUGUGUGUGUGUGUGUGUGUGUGUGUGUGUGCACUCCAGACAGUGCUCAGACUUUUAGCUGAGUGGACUUAUAAACUAUAACCACAACAGCUCUUUGUCUGUGGCCCAGCCGCUCUGAAAACCACAGUAAGUGUUAGAAAUAAAGAAAAACUUUCAUUUUCCUCAAUGAAGUCUUUGAUU